AUGUCCUCACUUACUCCAUUCCAAGCAACUGACUUGUUCAAAUUAAACGCAAUCAAUUUAGACACGUUGACUGAAAAUUUUAACAUUGGGUUUUAUUUAGAAUAUCUUACCCAAUGGCCUUCAUUAUUUUUCAAAAGUGAAGAAUUCAAUGACAAUAUAUCAGGUUAUAUGAUGGGUAAGACUGAAGGUUCUAAUGAAUUAUGGCAUACACAUAUCACCGCAGUGACUAUAAAUCAUUAUUAUAGAAGAAUCGGAUUGGCUUCAUAUCUAUGUGAUAAUUUGGAAUAUAUGACUGAUGCUAAACCUCACGAGACUAGGUUUAUUGAUUUAUUUGUUAAAGUUGAUAAUCAGUUGGCUAUUAAUCUGUAUGAGAAGUUGGGUUACAGUGUAUUUAGAAGAGUGAUUGGGUAUUAUGGAGGAGAGCAUGAGUAUCCUCAGGACACUUCAGUGGUUAAUGAUUUGAAAGAUGCUUUUGAUAUGAGAAAGAGCAUGGGUAGGGAUCUGGGAGAGAGUGUGAGAAGCGAUGGGAGAGAGCACAGGGUACUGCCACAUGAGAUACGGUUCUGA